GCCUUAUUUGCUACUGUAAACAAAACCCUGUUUGUAAAAGAAAUGAAGCUCGUUUUGGUGACAUUCCUGCUGGUUUCUCUUGUUCUCAGCUCCUUUCUCUUUGAGGAGUCGAUGGCUGGUUCAGGUUUCUGUGCGUACAAGUGCAAGGCAAGGUGCGCAAAGGCAGAUUUUAAAGAGAGGUGCUUCAAGUACUGUAACAUUUGCUGUCAGAAAUGCAGUUGUGUUCCGUCAGGGAACUACGAGAACAAGCACGAAUGCUAUUGCUACAGGGACAUGAAGAACUACAAGGGCUUGCCUAAGUGCCCUUAAAUACUGUCUUAAAUACAUGCUAUUGCUUAACUGUUGUA